UCCAGCCGGCUGUGGGAUUCGCUUGCGGAAGUAGCGUGAGGGGUUUUUUUUAAUCGUCGUUUGGCGGCGGCUUCCUUGUAUAGCCGGUAUACAGGCGAGAGGGGGGAGAAAAGCGCGAAUUGUCAACGUAACUUUGUCCUCUCUCUCUCUCCGUCUCCCCGGGAAAAACCGUCCCCGUCAGCCCCCGCCCAUCAUGGCGGCCACAUCCAACCUGCAGAAAGCAAUAGACCUUGCUAGCAAGGCAGCGCAAGAAGAUAAAGCAAGAAACUAUGAGGAAGCCCUCCGCUUGUAUCAACAUGCUGUACAGUAUUUUCUUCACGUUGUCAAAUAUGAAGCACAGGGUGACAAAGCAAAACAAAGCAUCAGAGCAAAGUGUACGGAGUAUCUAGACAGAGCGGAAAAGCUGAAAGAGUAUUUGAAAAAGAAAGAAAAAGCUCCCCUCAAACCAGUCAAAGAAUCUGGUCCAACUGAUGAAAAAGGGAAUGAUAGUGAUGGGGAAGGAGAAUCGGAUGAUCCUGAGAAAAAGAAGUUGCAGAAUCAACUCCAAGGUGCUAUUGUCAUGGAGCGACCAAAUGUCAAAUGGAAUGACGUUGCUGGGCUAGAAGGAGCGAAAGAAGCUCUCAAAGAAGCAGUAAUAUUGCCUAUUAAAUUUCCUCAUCUUUUCACAGGGAAGAGAACCCCCUGGAGGGGCAUCCUUCUGUUUGGACCCCCAGGAACAGGAAAAUCCUACUUGGCAAAAGCUGUUGCAACAGAAGCUAACAAUUCUACAUUCUUCUCCGUAUCUUCUUCUGACCUUGUCUCAAAAUGGUUGGGCGAGAGUGAAAAGCUAGUGAAGAAUCUGUUCCAGCUUGCCAGAGAAAACAAACCUUCAAUUAUCUUCAUUGAUGAAAUAGAUUCUCUCUGUGGCUCCAGAAGUGAAAAUGAGAGCGAAGCUGCCAGACGAAUUAAAACAGAGUUCUUAGUUCAGAUGCAAGGAGUUGGAACAGACAAUGAAGGAAUUUUGGUUCUGGGAGCUACUAACAUACCUUGGGUUCUAGAUUCUGCCAUCAGAAGAAGGUUUGAGAAGCGCAUUUACAUUCCCUUACCUGAGGAUCAUGCAAGAACUGCAAUGUUCAAGCUUCACCUUGGGACCACUCAGAACACCUUGACUGAAUCAGAUUAUCGAGAGCUGGGGAAGCGAACCGAUGGCUACUCAGGUGCCGACAUAAGCAUAAUAGUACGAGACGCCCUAAUGCAGCCGGUUAGGAAAGUUCAGUCGGCCACACACUUUAAAAAAGUGAAAGGACCAUCACUGUCUGAUCCAGACGUUCAAGUAGAUCUGUUCACUCCAUGUUCUCCGGGAGAACCAAGUGCCAUUGAAAUGACGUGGAUGGAUGUGCCAGGGGAUAAACUACUGGAGCCUGUUGUUGCAAUGGCGGAUAUGCUGAGGUCAUUAGCCAACACAAAGCCCACUGUGAAUGAACAUGACCUGGAAAAACUAAAGAAGUUCACAGAAGAUUUUGGACAGGAAGGCUAAUCCAAAGACCAUUGAGACCCUAAAUUUCUUUAUUUGGAAUUCUUGCCUCUUUAUUGCCAAUAAAUGAAUUGCGCCUUCCUUCCUUUCCAUAUGAACUGAUGAGCCAUUUGCAAGGACCCUUGAGCUUUUAUAUUAUCACUUUCCAGAAAUAUCUAUUAAAUGUCUUCUUCUGAGAGCAUGAUAAUGGGAUCUUGUGGCGAAGAAGAAGGAAAACGUGGUGAAAACACUUUAACAUGUAACAGCCCCUUUAGCUAUUGCAGUUUUUUAAGUUUGGAUUUCAGGUAAUUUAUACUAGUCCUAGUUUAUCAAUAUUAUAAAACUCCUAUAGACCAAAAACAGGGAUGGGGUAUUUGUGACAUUCCAAAUGUCAUAGAACUCUCAGCUUUCAUCAGACCUGGCCAAUAUUGGCAAUGGUCAGGAAUGAUUGAAGUUGUGGUUCAACUAUAUCUGAGGGUUACAGGUUCCCCACCCCAGCCUAAAAAACAAAACAAGUUGAGCAGAAGACACAUUGAUUGCCUGGUGUUUUCAGCGUCAGUCAAUUUUGUCUGCAAAGAAAUUCUCCAUUUGAAAUUAUGCAGCAUUUGGUAAUAUAUGUAGUUACAUGGGAGUUGAUUAUAAAGAAUAGCGAAAGAAAUUGGGGUUGGGAAGUGAGAAAGAAGAACUUGCAUUUUUAAAAAGGCCAGUACUUAACUGAGCGUAAUGGUGAACUGGUACUUUGUAUUUUGUUUUCUGCUGUGUGGUAUUCAGACAUUGCCUUAAAAGCAGCAAGCAUUGUUUUUAACACCAAUAGACACCUGUCACUGUGCAACCUACCAGAAAAUAGCUUAAAAAAUAAAUAAAUAUUUUGGAGGAACGUUUCCUCCCCCCUCCUGUUUUCAUGGAAUGUUUCUGUUGGGUAAGAAUCCAUGGACAACCCUGCAGACCACAUUUUAGCAAGCCAUCCAUUGAGGGAAGGAUAAUUCUGGACUCAUUUGCAAAGAAACUUUGGGACCAAGUAGGGAACGGCGUAGCAAACCUCUCUGAGGUGCCAAGGGAAGUUGGUCUUGUUCAGAGUCUACCUACAAAUGUCUAGCUUAUUAGUUCAAUAACUAAAUAUAUUGGGAAUGGGUUGACAUUUCUUUAAACACAGUAUAGGGGUAGUGCAUAUGGGUUCCCCGCCUCCCAAGGCCUUUGCUAAGAAUUAUUCAUCUUAGAGAAGUGCCUGAAUGUAACUUACAACACUGCGGUCACAGCACUGAGUUGUGCCUUGUAAGUUUGCCCCUGUUGUAGACAAGUGAUAAUCAAUAAUGUAACACAUUGCAUUAUUGUUAAUAGAAUUGUACCUUGUAGAUGCUUUGUGCUUUACAAGAUUUCUGAGUUUAUUAAGUACUGUAUGGUUACUCUCAUGAGAUUUGGUUUUGUUUUUCUGUACAUAUUCUGUGUACUUUCUGAAAUCAUAGGACUGGUAGAAAUUUGCUUAUGAAUGAAGUAAAAAGUUGCAAUACAACACUA